AUGUCUUCGUUCAGAAGAGAUCGCAAUACCUUCAUUUACUGCGGCAAAAUGAACCUUCUUGGAGGUCUAUGGCUGAAUGAGCCGUCCCAGGAUCACAAACUCGCGCGUUUACACGGUGAUGGGUUCGCACGGACUCCUAACUUGCUCCUGAGCGCACUGGAAUUGAGCCGAGCCAAUGCCCAAGGAGCUGGAAUCUUCCAGCAGACCGAUAUUGAUUCACACACGAGUUCUUACCGAUUGGGCGAACCCUUGGAAGAGAAUAUCAUUCGCUCUAAAUCACCCGACUUGGACUACGCCUAUAUCCCAGAUCACAUUUACGCCACUGUUCUCAAGGAACUGCACGAUCCGGCAGAGACGCACAUUGGGCCCAGCAUCACGGGUGCAGUUGUUACGGUCCCGCCGUAUUUCCGGGACAUCGACCGCGAACACCUGCGACUCGCCGGAGAGAGCAUCGGACUACCUGUGAUCCGCCAAAUCCCCGAGCAAAACAGUAUCAUUCUGUCAAUGGGAUUAGACAAGCUCUCCUACGCGAGUGACCGAUUUGUGCUCCAUAUGUACGUCGAAUCAACCGUAUUGGAAUUCUCGGUGCUCGAGAUCUACACGGGGAUGAUUGACCGUUUGGCAACGACCAGCACGGAUCUGGGUUACCGGAAUAGGGACGAAAUCUACCCUGUGGUUGACCAAGAUCUUGCAACCGCGAACUUGAAACGAGAUGAUAUCACGGAUUUUAUAAUACACGGUAUCCCAUACCAUGACGUUUACCAGAGUUUGCGGAACUAUUUCCCAAGCGCAAGAGUUGCAAACGCGGAGCGGGAUGGUGAUGCAGGAAUCUGGGGCGCGACACUUGUUGCGGGGUGGAUGUCUGGUGAAGGGGGGGAUAAUUGGGUCCCGUGUUGCUGUGCGACUCGUCGCCCGCCUCUCUGGGUUGCCAAUGGCAGUGGUGGAUCAGUUCAGAUUUUGAACGAGUGUCAGACUCUUCCUACUUACCAGAACACGACAGUCGAUCUAGCGUGUCGUGAUAAUACGGCGAAGGUGAAGGUUUACAUGCGGGGUGUACCGUGUGUAGAUUAUGAUGCGAUGUACGAACUAGGCAAUGCGUAUGUCCCCGAACCUAGCGGUGGGGAUACUCUGUUGGCCGAGUUUGGCAUUGACGCUGUCUGCGGCGCUGGCAACCAUACUAAGGUUGACAUUGAGGUAUUCACGAGUCGGACUGGGGUUUUGAAGAUUCGGGCAGUGGGGGCGGAUCGGAGCGCGGGAGAGGGGAAAACGUUGAUGAUAACAGAUCCACACUUUGCCUGCGGUGAUGACAAGCGGCACCUGGAUAGGGAGUACACAAUCACCCAGGGUGGAGGCUUGAAAACAGAGUAUGAAAUGAACCUAAAGGAGUUCGUUGCGGUAGGCAGGGACCAGAAGGCUGUUGAUGCGUUUGAGGAAUAUGUCCCGUGGCAGGCAGUGGACGACGAUGAUGAGAACGGUUGCGAGGACGAGUAG